ACAUGAUGGUUCUAGUCCAGCAUUAACAUUGGAGAUAAAUCGAAAUUUUGUUGUGAGCUGAUAACGGGAUUUUGUAUUUUGUGACUUGUGUGUUAUAUUGCGAUUCGUUGGUAUACGCGAGCAAAAAUUGUUUGAUGCGGUUACAAUCACAUAUGUUUGUCGGAUCAAAAGGCUAUUUAUAUUCUAUAUAGUGCAAAUCCGUAAGCACUUGAGUUGCAUCCGCUUUAUUUAUGAUCGUUUUAGUUUAUUAAAUUAAAAUAUAACCAAGCCAAGCAAAAUGCAAAUUGCGAAUGUCAUUUGUGCAAUAUAUAUGCAGUCGGUGGUCGUCGGUAGAGUACAUUUCCAGUAAAUCUUCUUCAUACUCUUUGUUCUUUGCCAAAAAGAUAAAUUGUUUUUGAUGAUUUAUAAUAUCAACAUGAAAUGUGUGUGUGCUAGAACUUAAACAAUUUAAACUCUGCUCCUGACAAUAUUCCGCUGUGUAACAAUUAUGUCAAAAUACUUAAUAAUUUCGGUGGAUUUUCCAUAGAGAAGAUUUAUCUUCGGUGGCGGUUACAGAAUAAUAAAAAUAAAUUAUUUUCUGGUACGGCGGAAAAAAAAUCGCGGAAUUUUUUUUAUUCUUACUUCUCUCCAGUAUUUCGCAUUCCUAGGGUGAGAUGAGUUUAUUUUAUUAAAUAAAUUGGAUGUGAAAAAAUCGAUUUCAUAAAUUGCUUCUGCUGUGGAUUAGACACCAUUCAUUACCCUUGGGAUAAAAUAUUGUAAUUUCUGUUUUUGAUAUGGAUUUUUCAUAAAAAGAGUCGGAUGGACGGCAGUAAUCUUUUCUUGGCGCUGUUUCUUGCGCUUAUAGGAUUUUAUGCAGCUGUCACAAAGUCAGAUAAGACUAAAUCAUGUAAAAUAUCAGAAUGGAGAUGUUCAAAUGGAACGUGCAUAUCGGCAUCGAAGUAUUGCGAUGGUCAAUCAGAUUGCUUGGAUAAGAGUGAUGAGCCGAGCCAAUGUAGUGCCUGUAACCGAACGUUGUAUGGUGAAACUGGUAAAACCUAUGAGCUUGAAAUUCGUAAGCCCAAAGUGUUCCCAUUUGUAUGUCAUCUGAACUUUACAGCACCCGGUGGACUUUAUGGAGAUAUAAUACAAAUAAACGUUGAUAAAUUUAAUGUCGGACGUUUUUUAUCACAUACAAGCGAUGGCUGUCCCGAUGGAUAUAUGACAAUAUCUGAACGUGAUUUUACGCCAAUGGAUGGUCGAUGGUGUGGCACAGCUUGGGGCUACAACGUAUACUACAGCGAAAGUUCGUCGAUAACCGUUUCACUGAACAUUUAUAAGCUUUUACAACAACAAGGCUUAACGGACAAUUUUUCAUUUAAAUUGACCUACAAAUUUCUGAAGAGAACUGAUGCGAAAUUAAGAACUGAGGAGGGUAUAUGGACCGGGGAUCAUGUAGCUGGUAGCUACUGCAACAAAAAUGUAUACGACUGUGACAGACGAGUGUGCCGAAUCCGUUCGCCCAAUUUUCCGGGAAUGUAUCCACGUAACUUAACAUGCAAAUAUCAUAUACAUCAUCGGCCACCGCCGACAGGAUUGCAUGCGAUGUUGGUAAUCCGACAGCCAAUUGGACAGAAAAUGUAUCUGAAGGAUCAAGAUCGUCAACAUGAACAAACCGAUCGUUCACCUAGAACUUGGAGUCAGUGCGAUUCAGUGCAAGACUUCUUAUCAGUUUACGAUGGUAGAACCACUGCAUUUCCCGAAUUGGCUCGUAUAUGUGGCGGAGACUAUUUACCCGACAUAAUUUCAAGUGGUCCAGAUAUGUUAAUAGAGUUUCAAACAUCACCGUACGAUAGUUUGUAUCAUCCUACACCAAUAUCAUUUCUGUUGGGAUUUGAAAUGCAGAUACAGGUUAUGUUUGUCAACGCUAAUUCACAACUAUAUACGAGACAGUCCAACCACUGUGAAUUUACACUGAGCGCUUUUGAAAGUGCAUCCGGUGAGCUGGAAAGUCCGAGGCACACAUUACCACCGAAAACGGUGUGUCGAUAUCACUUUCAAGGACGUCGACACGAAAUUGUUUGGAUAUCAUUCAUCAAAUACCAUUCGGCUGUUGAUCAAUCGGUUUUCGAGGCACCAGCUGAAUGCGCCCCGCAGUUACGAAUAUGGGACGGUAAAUUACGUUCGAAUAGCAAACAGGAUAUUUUGUCGGAAAAUGUACGAAAUGCUUCGCUAAUGGCGGAAAUUUGCCGCGAAGAAGUACCCAAACUUUGUUCGAGAUCGUUGAUUUCAAAGGAUACCCGACCAUGUUCCACACAAGAAAGCUAUCUGUCGAAUGGAGCCGAUCUGACGAUAGAAUAUCUACCGAAUCCACUGGGAACGACUAGGCUGUAUGGACCUUCGUCAGCAUUCAAAAUUCGAUACGAAUUCGUUGAUACGUCGCUGGGUGGUGCACCGUUGGAAAUUUAUCCCGGACCAAAAUCUAUGCCCGAACCAGCAGCAUUACUACAAUUCCAAUCAAAGUCGUGCGACAGAGUUUACAGAUCGAAUGUGGCAUCUAGAGGAAUAUUUCGAUCGCCAUCUAAUGUGUUCAUGUUUGGACGAGGUGGUGCGACGAAUAUAUCUUGCACAAUUCGAUUCGAGGCAAGCUCGUACGAGACAGUGAGACUGACAAUUACGAGAGCUCGUUUCGGUGGACGAGCAUGUACAAAUGUACAAAACAAAGCGGGUCGAUUCCAUUGUAAUAGUUUGGGAGGAGCUGUGUCCGAUCUACGAAUCGGUGAAGUACCAUGGCCCGAUGUUACACCGUUACCCAGAGAUUGUCUCUGUGCAGACAUUUCGGGUUCAUUAACUCUGGCUCCGAUGGCAGCUAAUACCAUUGAAGCGAAAUUCACCACUCUCGAAAUGGAAAUUGAUCAAGACUUUCGAGACUUUUACUUCGAGGGACGUUAUGAGUUUGUGAAAGAAAGCUGUCAAACGAACUGGGAGGAAAGACGUCUGAAAGGCAUUAGCGGUGAAGCUCAUUUGGGUCCGUCGACAUGCACCUCUGUCAUCCAACCUUGGCUGUUGGAACCAGAAACAGAGAAUGGAUACUUGGUGCUAAUGCUCAAAGGCUUUUGGGUGCCACAAUUAUUACAUUCCAUGGCACCGUGUCCCACAGAUUCGCGUAUAACAAUCUACUCAACGAAUAAUCCGAAAAAUUCUCGUGAUCUCUGUCCAUCCGGUCCGGAUGUGGUGGCAUUUUCCGACGGAUGGGACAGUGUUAAUCAAUUCAAUCCCGUUGAACUAUCGAAAAAUUUGGUCAUUGAAUUUCGAUCACCGUAUAGGCCGGGCGUUGAAGCGUUCGAUUACAAAUUCUCUUGGAUGGAAAUAUUCCCCGACACAGACUGUCCACAUAAAUGCACCGAAUUGCAGGCAUGUAUCUCACCGAAAUUGUGGUGUGAUGGGAAAAUUAAUUGCCCGUCCGGGCAGGAUGAGGAUAAGGAGGUGUGCUUCGCUCCGCCACCACUGUCACCGUUACACGUCGGAUUGGUUGUAGCAUCAGUAACCAUACUGCUGUCACUGGCCGCUGGACUAGCUGCAUGUGCUCGACGUAAACGAGUGGAAAAAUCAAAUUUCCACACUCACAAUCCGGGCGAUCUGAACGGUGCCUACGGCCAUCAUCCGGUACCGCAUCAUUCGUUACCUCCGCUGUAUUUAGACUCACAGCCGAAGGACAGUUUCUGUUGACAAGAAUUGGAGACUUCGGUAUAGCUGAAGUCGGGCAGCAGACGUUAUCACGAUGAGCUGAUUGUAUACAAAAAUUAAAUUUUUUUACAGCGAAAAAAUUAAAUUUUAGUGAAGGUAAGACGAGUAUAGGAUGUAGUUGAAGACGGAGAGGAAAAUGGUCAACAGAAACGAAAGGAGAGGACAAUUGUACUAAUUAGUUAAUGUUAAAAAUGAAUUUAAUUAUAAUGAGAAAUGGAUUAGGUCUCUUUUGUGUAAGGUAUUUAUGAGAAAUAAAAUCCGGGGUUGUGAAUUAAACAAAAAAAAAAUGUAUAAACAAAAACACACACAGAAAAAAAACCUUUUUUUUGUAUAGGAUAAGAGAGAUAACCGAGGGUAAGAAGCAAUACACAACGGACAAAAGAGUGUUGUAAUUUUUAAGCAAAACAUAGCAAAAUCACCAAAAAAUUAAAACAAUUAAAACAAAAUGAUGGGUCACGAGAAUCUUCACAGCGGAUUAUCGGUGGUAAGUCAGAGUUGAGUUGAUGCAGUGACGACUUUUGUUUGAUGAAAUCGAUUGUGAUUGUCAUAUCGUAUCCCUUUAGUCAAUGAAAGUAUGCUCUAUAGGUAAUGUCAACGUUUGUAUGAAAAUCAUUGAGAGGUGAGUUUCUUUAUAUGAAAUCGCUAUUUCCUCCAGCUUCUAUGGACAGACCAUACCUGGUUUGUACAUUCAUUGACUUUAGUUGGAUUGCACUACGGUUGACAGAUAUGCAAAUUUAUGUCGGGAAAUGUUUCCACCACAAAUUAGGUUACUGAGAACCUGGGCUGAACAAAUCAGCGAUGAAUAUAUGAGCAGAAAAUGAUUUUCAAAAACUUUUGUUUGAAAAAACAUUAUUUGCAUGCCUCAAAAAGGCACAAUUGUAUAAAUGAUGGACCUUUUAGAACGGCUAGUCGUCAUCUGCUCUCGACAACGACGACAGUAAUAGGAGAUAUGCUCUGUCUAGUUUUGUAUCAUAAUAUUAAAACGUAUCGUAAAAACAUUGAAGUCAUAGAUUUUUAAUUUAACCAAAUGAAGUAACAGAUUUAAUGAUUUGAUUUGUCCUUAGUUAGUAUUGAUUGCAUAGUUGGGAUACAACACUCUAUAAGUGUAGUAGACAUUGGAUUCCAUUCAUUACACGAUGUAACAAGCUUCUUGGUGACUGUCUCUUGGCCAAGUGUAAAGUUUGUAUAACAGAUCCGAGUGCCAAAAACCGUCGUUGUUCAAAAACACACGAUUGAUUUUGCAAGUAUAAAAAGGUCGUUUCCUCGACUAAUGAAUUACGUUGAUUAUCACAAAGGAUUUCACCUAAAAUGAAUCGAAAAUAUUCUUCAUGCAACAGAUCGUGGAAUGGUGACGUGGAAUGGUUAACUUUUGCAUGGGACAUGGGACAGGCAAUAAAAUAAAUGACAGAUCAGAUCGAUUACUACGGUAAUGCGUCAAGAAAAUCAAAGCCCCUUUAAGGUAUAUUUGUACGAUUAUGUAAUCACGGCAUCAGCUUCACGACAUUUUGUUAAAUCUGUGCGCUUUCCAGAAAAAGUUGUAAAAUUGCAGAUUUCCAAUGAUGUUUGUAGGAUUCGAAUCUUUCCAGUUAAUUCUCUCAUUGAACUAUUGAUGUUUUGGUAAACACACUCGCCCCGAAUGUCAUUGUACGAUCUUAAAAUCAAGUCGAUGGCGCAGAAAUACAACACUAUUAGAAAGUCCAUCUAUACGAUAUCAAUUAAAUAAAUUCAUUGGAUACCGACUGCUAUAGAAUCUCGAGACCCAGAAUGAUUAAACCCGAACUGCGAAAUCCACAAUUAUUUCAAAAUUGAGAAAGGAAAAUGUAAUUUUAGCAAAAUAAAUAUCUUAGCGUAAAACAAUUCUCAUACAAAUUAUAUUGUGAAUCGAUAAAAUGUGAUUUUAGAAUUAAGAAUGAGUAAAGUAAAAAAAAUAAUAAUUACAAAAUGGAUGCCUGAACCCUGAACUUUAAUUAAAAACAAAACAAAAACUGUUUGAGAUUGAAGGUAAUACCCUAAUUUUUACAGACGGCUAUAUCAUCUGUUAUCGACAACGUCGAUUCAUAUAGCAAAAUUCGUGUCAACACAAAGGAAGUAAAAGAUUUUUUUCCAUUCUGUUGAAAACAGUUACACCAAAUCAAUAGAUUCCUAAUGAUGUGCGUAAUGAUACGUGAAAAGUUAAGCAAGUAACUCUCCCCUCUCUCUCUCUCUCUCUCUCUCAAAUAGUAGCAUUAUUUCACUGCAAAAUACUGAGAAAAAUACUUCCAAGGCCAAAGCUCUACAUUCCUCUUUCAAAGAACUAUACCGAGCGUGAACCGAAACAUAAAAGGUUCGUUUCAACUUCAACUUACGUUGAAGGUUAGUUUACUGGUUAGUUAUUGUUAUGGAAGCGAUGUUGAUAGGCUAGGAAUGCAUGUGGAAGUGUUAUAUAACCUCGGACAGAGCUUUAAUACUUCCUAACUUAUCCUUCAAAGUUGAAGGUGGUGUGAUAAGGACAACAGAAGAAAUUGGCUAUAUAGUGAUGUAAUGAUGUAAGAGAUGUUCAAUGCCACACGUGUCGAAAGCCGUGGUUUUCUUUAUUUCGGCACUUCUUUAGGCGACCUUAGCAAAUAAAAAUCUGCCAGAUAACUCAGGAUGAAAUAAGAAGUAAUUUUUUCAUGGGUCAAUUGACAUCCGCACAAAAUGUUGAAUUUUUAAUGGUUAAAAAUGUAUUCUGUUUGGGAUGUUCAGAUCCAUAAUUACGAUCAAUUUGGUUCAACAGGAGAUGCUUUCUAUACUAACCGAGAGGAAGCAAGCCGGUUACCAUGCCUCUACAUUACAUGGCACACAUUCUUAUAGAGACAGUCGUCAUAAACUCUUGUAUGUGUUUCCGCCAUGGUUUCACACCUUACUAUAAUUGAAAAUUCAUUUUGAAUCUGCUUUUCUUUUCAAGCAAAAAUGACAAAGUGGAAUGUUUUUCGUCAACCUAAGUGAACGCUCAGCAGGAAUGAACGAUCAUAAAGGAAUACCUGUACCUAACACUGACCUUUUGUUGGUACAUUUAAUUUAAAUUCCAUUCCGUUUCCAUUAUCAAUGGAUUUAUGUCUCUUUCAACGUGAAGACAAAGGCAACCAGUAAAUUGUCCCCACCACUCAGAUUUCAACUAAUUUCUGUAUUUCAAUAAAUUUCCCGUUUCCAAUUAUUAAAUAUGGAUUUAGAGGUGGAAUUUAUGAAAAUAUUCUAUACGUACACGUAUCCAAGGUUUUGUAUUUUAAACAAAUUUCUAUUUACCAGGAAAAACCCCAGAAAUGUAAUUGUAAAUGGAUUGUAUAAAAUUUUUGUAUAGAAACUUAAUUACUUAAAGAAAUUCAAAAACCCCGGGCUAAUUUAAACCGGGUAAUUUGUGUAAGAUAUAACUUUAUGACAAAUGAAAAAUUUUAAAGGCAACGCAUAAAUUGCAGAACCGACAUUUAAUUAUACUACAAUUCUACCAACAACGAAUCUCAAAAUUUAAAAACAAAAUGACAACAAAACAAAAUAUUAAAACCACUCACUCGACUCUCUGAAAAUUUUUUUUUAUAAACAAAACAAAAGAAUUUCUCCCUCUAAUAAAACAUUUUAUUAAAUAAGAAAAAAUGAAAAAAAAUGAAAAUUAAUUAUAUAAAUUACAAUAUUAUACACAACAACCAUGUUAAAAUGCAUAAUUGCUUCAAUAAAAAAAAAAUUGUGUAAAAUGAAGAUUUUUAAAAACUGAAAAAAAAAUAUUAAGAAAAUGAAACAAUGAUAAUCAUUAUUCAAUAAGUAAUGAAGAGACGGACGACGAA